CUUCCACACUGUGUUCAUUUCUUCACUGCAGCUGCUGUAUCACACUGAUCUCUCUGACUGAUCAUGGAGAGCACAGGCAAGAUCCCCAACUCUGGAACAAACAUUACAAACAACAAAGACCUGAGGAUUGUGAUGGUGGGGAAGACUGGGAUUGGGAAGAGUGCUACUGGAAACACCAUUCUGGGUCGACCGUGCUUUGAAUCCAAAUGCAGCGCCAUUUCCAUGACUGUUGACUGCUCUAAAGUCUCCAGUAAUGUGGAUGGACAGCAGGUUGUAGUCAUUGAUACUCCAGGUCUGUUUGACACCAGGUUUGAAGAAGAUAAAACCAGAAAAGAUCUUGGUCAGUGCAUCAACUUUUCUGCUCCUGGACCCCACAUCUUCCUGGUGGUUGUUGCAAUCGGCAGAUUCACAGCAGAAGAAAAACAGUCAGUUGAAAAGAUUCAAGAAAUCUUUGGAAAGGCAGCAGACAGAUACAGCAUGGUUCUGUUCACCCGUGGAGACGACCUUGAAGACACCACCAUUGAAGAUUAUUUGUCUAAAUGCACAGAUCUCCAGGAUCUGGUGUCCAAAUGUAACGGCCAGUAUCAUGUCUUCAACAAUCGGCUGAAAGAUAAGAAACCUCAGGUCACUGAGCUGCUGAAGAAGAUCAGAACCAUCGUUGACAGGAAUGGAGGAAGUCACUACACCAGUGAGAUGUUCCAAGAGGCUGAGAGGAAAAUCGAAGAGGAGAAACAACGAAUCCUGAAGGAGAAAGAAGAAGAAAUACGUAAAGAGAAAGAAGAAGUGGAGAGAAAAAUACAAGAGAAAUAUGAAAAAAAGAUGCAGGAAAUGAAGGAAGAAUUAAACGGUCAGCUGGAGGAGAUUGAAGCCAAGAAAAAGCAACUACAGGAAGAGCAGGAAAGAGAAAUUCAAAAGAAAAAAUCAGACCUGCAGGAUGAGUAUGAAUCCAGAGCCAGAGCAAAAGCUGAAAUAUUUACCCGUAAUCCUCUCUAUCAUCUGGGAAAAGCUGUGGAACACCUUGUCAAGUCAUGUCCAACAAUGUGAGGUUAGAUGUUGUCACCUAGCAGCUGUUACAGAGGAUAAAGCAGAACUAAUAAGCAUUUUUUUCCUUUUGUUGUCUUGAUAAUUGAGUUAAAGCUCCAGGUAGUGAUGUAAUUCAGCUGUGACCUCUGUAUCUCACACUGUUUUAAAAAUAUUUCUCCUGAUGUUUAGAUGCUUAAUGUAAGAUGCUAAAAUUGUUUGCGUGUGAAUUUUAGUCAUUACCUUUGUCAAUAAAUACGGUUUCAUUAAAAGAAAAUGCCCCUAAUGUAUUCAUUAUUUAAUAUUAGCUGUUGAAUCUUAUUUUCAGUUUAACCAGGUUUCAGAGAUCAACCUUCCCCUUUUUUAGUGAUCUAACCUUUAAGACAAUGAUGUGUACAAGGUUAUUAUUCUUCCAUUAAAUUUUACUAGACAGUUUGAGAAGGAAAAAAUUAGUUAACAAUGUUUAAUCAUUUUAAUAUGCACUUUAUGAUGUAUGCAUUGAAGGUUUGCACUCAGUUCCAGCUCAACAAGAAAUAUGCUCUUCUGAGCAUCUGCAAAGAAGUUAGGACAGGAUGUUCAGUGGUUGGAGAUGUCAGACAUUGCUAAGGCAUCCAUCCAUCCAUCCAUCCAUUUUCUGAACACCCUUUGUCCCUAAUGGGGUCAGGAGGGUUGCUGCUAUCUCCAGCUGCGUCCCGGGCGAGAGGCGGGGUUCACCCUGGACAGGUUGCCAGUCUGUUGCACAUUGCUAAGGCAAUGUUCCUAUUUUACGGAAGUUCAGUUGAAGCUCAGCUACGCAGUAUCUGUUCUGCCACCCACAGAGAGGCCUUUUUGGCAAAACACCCAUCAUGGUACAGAAAGAAAGCAGGAGUUAUUGAAUGGUCAGUUCACUGUGUUUUGCUAAGAUAAACCUAAGGGCGUCUUGUCCACAGGAACCACAGAGCAUAUUUCUGUAGUUGAGGUGUGAAUGUGCAAACCUGCUCAACUGAAACUCACAGAUAAGCAAUUUAUAGAUAUUUUUGCCUGACACUGAGCUGCAUGUGUAAUCAUGUAAUGUGCAAUGUAUCCUAUAUAAUGGGAGGUCGUUAAGCCCCAAGUCGGAACAGAACUCAUGCUGUUCCCCAUCUGCAGAUGUAAUAAAGAAUUUGC